AUGUUAGUUAAUCCUCGUUUAUCGAUGUUAUCGCGUAGCAUAUCUUUGCUUUCGAGAAGCUCACAAUUACGAGCUCGUCUUUUCUCUUCAAGCGCGCCCGCUGCCUCCGAAACUGUAAAUUACACUCUUCCUGAGGGUUCUUUUCAAACAUACGAAUGCGACCCACCGUCACACGAUAUAAAAGUUAACAAAGAAGAAACGAUUAAUAUGUACAAACAAAUGGUUCUUAUGCGGCGAUUGGAAACGACCGCGGACGGGCUAUAUAAGUCAAAACACAUUCGAGGGUUUUGUCACUUGUGUACAGGCCAGGAAGCUGUUGCCGUUGGCAUGGAAGCUGCAAUUACACCAGAUGAUCAUGUCAUCACGGCAUACCGUUGUCACGGUUUUACUCUGGUUCGCGGGCAAACUCCCCAUGCCAUAUUGGCUGAAUUGAUGGGCGAGUUAGCGUUUUCUCUAACAUCAUUAUGUAAAGGUGGAUCUAUGCAUAUGUUUAGUAAAAACUUUUAUGGUGGUAAUGGUAUCGUUGGUGCACAGGUUCCCGUUGGUGCUGGUAUAGCAUUCGCACAACAAUAUCUAAAUACAAAACAGGCCACAUAUAUUUUAUAUGGUGAUGGUGCUGCGAAUCAAGGACAAGUUUUUGAAGCUUAUAACAUAUCAAAAUUAUGGAAUCUUCCUGCAAUAUAUGUAUGCGAGAAUAAUCAUUAUGGAAUGGGUACUUCAGCAAGUCGAAGUUCAGCGGAUACAAACUAUUUUGCACGUGGCCAGUAUAUUCCUGGUCUCCGAGUAAAUGGGAUGGAUAUACUUGCUGUUCGUCAAGCAUGUAGCUGGGCUAAAGAUUGGGUUCUCAGUGAUAAAGGACCUCUAGUCUUGGAAAUGGUCACUUAUCGUUACGGUGGUCAUUCAAUGUCAGAUCCAGGUACAAGUUAUCGUACCAGAGAAGAAAUACAGCACAUGAGAAGUACGAAUGAUCCGAUAACGGGAUUAAAGCAACGUUUAUUGGAUCUGGAUUUCUUAACUGAAUCAGAAACAAAGCAAAUUGAUAAAGACGCUCGCGCAACCAUCGAUGAAGCAGUAAAACUCGCGCACAAUGAUCCAUUCCCAGACGAAACAGAAUUAUAUACGUAUAUAUUUGUUGAAGGAUCUGAGCCCCCAUUUGUUCGUGGUAGAGAAAAAGAAGAGGUGGGACACGUUGUACAUAAACAGUAA